AUGGCUUCUUUGUGUACCCUGAAAAAGAUUCAAAUAUCUUGUAGCAGCAAGGCCAAGUUUGCUAAAAACCAAACACAGAAACUCAUGCUGCAACUGGCUGAAUCACCAUGCAACUUGAACUCGCAUCCUCUCAGGGUGUUUAUUGCAAAAGUGGGGGCAUUGGUUGGGAAAGAAUGCAAUCCUCAAAGAGAAGAUAAUAUUCGUUGCUUAACUAUGCUUGGUCAUUUUGGUUUUGAAUGUUUGCCUCAUCAGUUAGUGAAUAGAUCUAUUCAACAAGGAUUCUCUUUUAAUAUUCUCUGUGUGGGGGAAACUGGAAUUGGAAAAUCAACUCUGAUUGACACAUUGUUUAAUACUAAUUUGAAAGACAAAAAAUCCUCACAUUUUUACUCAAAUGUUGGACUUAAAAUUCAGACACUUGAACUUCAGGAAAGCAAUGUUCAAUUGAAAUUAACUGUUGUGAAAACAGUGGGAUAUGGUGAUCAAAUAAACAAAGAAGCCAGCUACCAACCAAUAGUUGACUACAUAGAUGCUCAAUUUGAGGCCUAUCUUCAAGAAGAAUUGAAAAUUAAACGUUCCUUCAAUGACUACCAUGAUUCUCGUAUACAUGUGUGCCUUUACUUCAUUUCACCUACAGGACAUUCUCUGAAGUCCCUUGAUCUAUUAACCAUGAAGAACAUUGACAGUAAGGUGAACAUUAUACCACUGAUUGCCAAGGCAGAUACAAUUUCAAAAAAUGACUUACAGAAAUUUAAGUGUAAGAUAAUGAGUGAAUUGGUUAGUAAUGGCAUCCAGAUAUACCAGUUUCCAACAGAUGAUGAAACUACUGCUCAAGUGAACUCCUCAAUGAAUGGACACUUACCUUUUGCUGUAGUAGGGAGUACGGAUGAAGUGAAAGUUGGAAAAAGGAUGGUCAGAGGCCGUCAGUACCCUUGGGGAGUUUUACAAGUGGAAAAUGAAAAUCACUCCGACUUUGUUAAGCUCCGGGAUAUUCUUCUUAAUACAAAUAUGGAAGACCUGAAAGAACAAACCCACACUUGGCACUAUGAACAUUAUAGGUGCUGCAAACUGCAGAAAAUGGGCUUUACCGAUGUGGGCCCAGACAACCAGCCAGUUAGUUUUCAAGAAAUCUAUGAAGCCAAAAGACAGGAGUUCUCUGAUCAAUGUCAGAGGGAAGAAGAAGAGUUGAAACAGAAGUUUAUGCAGCGAGUAAAGGAGAAAGAAACAACAUUCAAAGAAGCUGAAAAAGAGCUACAGGACAAGUUUGAGCAUCUUAAAAGAGUCCAACAAGAGGAGACAAUGAAACUUGAGGAGGAGAGAAGACAAUUGGAAGAGGAAAUAAUAGAUUUUUAUAAAAUGAAAGCUGCCUCUGAAACAUUACAGACUCAGGUGUGCACCAAUAUAAAGAAAGACAAAGAUCGUAAGAAAUAGUCCUCUCUUAUCAUUCUUUAUGUUGUAGUGCCCUAUCACUCUCAAUCCUAUCUUCCUGUGAGAUUGUCUUCACAGAACUUAACUCUGAUUGAUGUUUUACUAAUUUUUAAAAUUUGUUUGCUUAUUGUAUAUUUUCCCCAACUAGAGUGUGAGCUCCUUGAGAGUAGGUACCUUGACCAUGUUGUUGGGUGCUGUAUCUUCAGUGUUUAGAA